GCUGCUCCCCAGCGCUGCUGCCGACAGCAUUGACGAGUACCUGAGCAACCAUGGCCCCAAUGCCCCCAAGUCCAGCUUGGUGAUGCAGCAGGUCAAGGCCGGGAACUCGGCAGCCGAAGAGCCCAAGACGUAUGAAUUCCAGUCCGGCGGCGUGAUCAGCAUGCUCGAGAGCCUGGAGGAGAAGUUUGUGGAUGAGCGUGUGAGCCUCGAAAAGGAGGAGGCGAGCAAGCGACAUGCUUUCGAGAAGCUUUCGCAGAGCUUGGAGGCCAAGUUGACUCAGUCCAAGAAGGAGCAGGAAGACAAGACACAGUUCAAGGCCAAAAGGAUGCAGAACAAAGCUAGCUCAGAGGGAGACCUUGAAGAGACCAAGACUGCGAAGGCAUCGGAUGUGAAGUACUCCGCCGACCUGCAGGCUACCUGCGACAAGAAGUCCAAGGCCUACAAGGAGCGCCAGCAGCUCCGUCAGGAAGAGAUCGAUGCCAUCGGCAAGGCCAAAGAGAUCAUCGCCGGUGGCGCUGUCGCGGGCAGCGCCGAGAAGCACCUGCCGGGCUUGGUGCAGGCGGUGCAGGCGGCGCAGUCGACGGCCUUGGCCUUCCUUCGCUCGGAGCAGCACUCCCCGAAGCAGGAGCAGGUGGCCAAGUUCUUGCAGCGGAGGGCAUCGCAGCUAAACAGCCGGGUCUUGUCCUCCGUUGCCUCCCGUGUCGGUGCGGACCCUAUCGCGAAGGUGAGGACCAUGAUCGAGGACCUGCUGGCCAAGCUGCAGAGCCAGGCAAACGAAGAGGCCACGAAGAAGGGCUGGUGCGAUGCAGAGAUGGCUAGCAACAAAGCCACCCGAGAGGAGAAGUCUGAUGCCAGCGAUGCACUGCAGUCUGAGAUCGACGAGACCUCCGCCUCGAUUGCUGGUUUGGCGGAAGAGCUGACAACCUUAGAUGCGGAGCUCGCAGAGCUCAGCGGUGCCAUGCAAAGCGCCACGGAGCUCCGAAAGAGUGAGGAAGCGAAGAAUGCAGCGACCAUCAAGGACGCCAAGGAGGCUCAGACGGCGGUCGCUGAGGCACUCACUGUUCUGAAGGACUUCUAUGCCAAAGCCGGUGAGGCAACUUCUUUGGUCGAGACGUCUGUCGACGCCUCCAAGCCCGAGGUCUUCAGCGAUGAGCCUUACAAGGGCAUGGGCGCUGAGGGUGGCGGUGUAAUGUCCAUGCUCGAGGUUAUCGAGGCUGAUUUCUCUCGGCUCCAGGCUGAGACAGAGUCCGCCGAAGAGGCGGGCAAGAAGGAGUACGAAGAGUUUAUGGAGGAUUCGAAGCUGGACAAGGCAACAAAGACAAAGACCAAAGAGCACAAGUCCAGCAAAAAGCAGGCCAAGAGCCAAGAGCUCACGAUGCUCCAAGCGGAUCUCCAGGGAACUCAGAAGGAGUUGAAUGCUGCCAACGACUACUUCGAGAAGCUGAAGCCCGAUUGCAUCGACACCGGUGCCUCCUAUGCCGAGCGCAAGGCACAAAGGGAGCAAGAGCUUAAGGACUUGCAGGAGGCCAUGGACAUGCUCACCAGCGUCUGA